AGCAACGUGGAGGAGUUCGAGAUCAAGGAGGAUGAGCCGUGGUAUGACCACCAGGACUUGCAGCAAGAUCUGCAGCUUGCAGCCGAGCUGGGGAAGACAUUGCUGGAUCGCAAUACGGAGCUGGAGGAAUCUUUGCAGCAGAUGUAUGCCACCAACCAGGAGCAGAUCCAGGAAAUUGAAUACCUGACGAAGCAGGUGGACUUACUUAGACGGAUGAAUGAGCAGCAUGCCAAAGUCUAUGAGCAGCUGGAUGUCGCAGCCAGAGACCUGGAAGAUGCCAAUCAGAAACUGGUGCUGGAGAGCAAAGCGUCACAACAAAAGAUUAUUGGUUUAACGGACACCAUUGAAGGACUGCAGGUCAACAUUGAUGACCUUCAGAAACAAGUGGAAGAACUGAGAAAAAACAACCAGCUGUGUCGCAACCGUGAGAAAUUUGAUCAAUCUAGAUCAACGCACAGCUUCUCCUGUCUAAAGGAACUGUAUGACCUACGCAAAUAUGAUCAUGUUUUUGCUGAGAAGAUUGCAUCUCUGAACACUCAGCCUGGACCAAUUGAGGAGGAAAACGAGAAUUUGAAGAAGACCUUGGCGGUCUUGGAAGCACAGCUCAGCACAGAACGCAAUAAAAGGGAAAGCUUAGAGGAAGAAUACAACCAGGUUGUAAAAGAAAAUACUGAGCUGGAGCAGAUCCUCCAGGAGAGAGACUCUAUCCAUGCCCGGGCAGAAGAACUGGAGGCAGAGGUGGCGGAAAUGCGUCAGAUCUGUCGGACUGACAGUGUAUUUGCAAGCAACGUUGAGAAAUUGAUCCCAGAGUCCAUCUUCAUCUCUUUUAAAGAAAAUUCAGACAAGGAUAUAGAGCCAGAGUCAAGUGUACGGCCCACAGAAGGGGACAAAAGGCCUUUAAAAAGAAGCAACAGUGAGAUGAUCUUGCCCAGUGCUACUGCAGAAGCCAUCCAGAAUGGCCAUGAAGAGACCUGUAUUAGGAGGACGGAAGCUGUAAAACAAAGGGGAAUUUCACUGCUUAACGAGGUGGACUCUCAGUACAGCGCUCUGAAAAUAAAGUAUGAUGAGCUUCUUCAGCGGUGUCAGUUAGAGGAUGAUCUCUUCAGCCACAAGGAUGUCCAGACCUCUAAGCUGUCUAUUGGCUUGACCAAUGUAUCUUCUCCUGAAGAUGGUUCUCCACUACGUUCCUUCUCAACCAAGCACAAAGCUGGUUCCCCUGGAACCCAGCCGGAGUACAAAGUUCUUUUUCAGGAAAUUUUUAGCUGUAUCAAUAAAACCAAAGAAGAAAUUAACGAGCACCGAACAAAAUACAAACAGAUUUGUCAUUCUAAAGACAGCUAG